AUGCCUUAUAUGGAUCGAUUCCACCGAACCUGUGGGUUUCUGGACAUUGAGGAUGCACAGAGUGGCAGGUUUCUGCGGAGAUAUUUCAUCCUGGACAAGCAGGCCAACUACCUGGUUUGGUACAUGGAUAACCCACAGAAUCUUCCCCCCAACACAGGACCAGUGGGCUCCUUAAAACUGACGUAUAUCUCAAAAGUUGGCACUGCUCCUGUGAAACAAAAAGCAAAGAUGACAUUUUGUUUUGUUAUCAAUGCUUUAUCUCAGCGGUACAUUCUUCAGGCCAGUGACCAGGAGGAUCUGCAGGGAUGGGUGGAGGCCCUAAAUGCUGCUUCUAAAAUUACUGUACCCCGACCAGGUUGCACUCCAUUGUCUGAGACAGGAUCUACAGGUCCUGCAGAGAAAAAUACACCAGUCCCAUACAAGAUGGAAAUAAUUGGAGGAGUGGUGGUGCAGACACCUCUGAACCAGAACGGAGGUGAGUGUCCUGAUGUCAAGCUGACUGAAUCGGUUCCUCACACGUCUCUCCAACCUAGUCCGAGUUACAUACCU